AUGCACGACCUGCGCCUGCGCGCCUGGCCAGGUGAUUUAAAUGAUAUAUGGAGGAAGGAGGAGAUCAAGGCUAGACAGAGAUCCAGGGAGAAGGAGAUACUGGAGGGAGAACUCAAUACUGGAUACUUCAGAGCAGUGGCCAAUCAAAAAAGGAGAAGGAAACAGAUUGCUGUACUAGAAACCCCUUCAGGUCCUGUGGAAGACACUAAAGGCUAUCUGGCGAAAAACUGCGUCAAAUCUGUCUACAUGGGAGUGCCUGUCCUCAGGGUGUGCCAAGGACAGGGUGGUGUGGGCUGCGAAAGAACUGGAGAUGAAAGCGAGAAGCCCACCUCUGCUAAUGUGGCCAGAUCCUGGAUGAGGCGUGGAGAUACAUUUUGAAGCCAUUUCCUCUGUAGGCUGCUACUCUCUCUUAGAG